AUGGCGAGGGCACUUUGGGAAAUAAAAUAUGCCCUCAGGCUUGUAUUCCCUUCCAAUGACUCAGGGUCAGUGAAGGGGAGAAUAGAUUUAUCAGGAGUGAAAAAGAAGAGCUUGCUAGGAGUCAAAGAAAAUAAUAAAAAGUCCAGCACUAGGGCUCCUUCUCCUACCAAACGCAAAGACCGCUUUGAUGAGAAGUCCAAGGAUCGCUCCAAAGAUAAGGGGGCCACCAAGGAGUCGAGCGAGAAGGAUCGUGGCAGGGAUAAAACUGGAAAGAGGCGCAGCGCUUCCAGUGGUAGCAGCAGCACUAGGUCUCGGUCCAGCUCGACCUCCAGCUCGACCUCCAGCUCGGGCUCCAGCAGCGGCUCCAGCUCAUCUUCUGCAUCGAGCCACUCAGGAAGUUCCAGCACAUCCCCCAGCUGCAGCUCCGGCAGCUCCCCUGGCUCUCCGAGUCCUUCUCGGCGCAGGCCUGACAACAGGCAGCGUUCCCGCUCCAAAUCCAAACCACCCAAAAGAGAUGGAAGGGAAAGGAGAAGGCGGAGCCCUUCCCCUAAACCCACCAAAGUGCACAUUGGAAGGCUCCCCAGGAAUGUGACCAAGGAUCAUAUCCUGGAGAUAUUCUCCAUCUUCGGGAAAAUUAAAAUGAUUGACAUACCUGUAGACAGGAUGCACCCCCGUCUGUCUAAAGGCUACGCAUAUGUGGAGUUUGAAAAUCCAGAUGAGGCCGAGAAGGCGCUGAAGCAUACGGACGGAGGACAAGUUCCCCUCGGCGCAGGUCCCCCGUGCGCCGGCGAUCCUGCUCCCCGGGCCGCCGCCGCCACAGGAGCCGCCCCAGCUCCACCUUCUCCCAGUAAGCAGGCACCGAAGCUCUGCCCUGUGACUUGUAUCCCGUCCAACUCACUUUUGUCACUUUUCUAGCAGGAGGAUCGGUAGGAAAGAAAUCCCUCACUCAGGGGCAGGCUUCGAAGGUGAAGGCAGUAAUUGCUGUUGCCCCUGGCGGCAGAGUUCCGGCUACAGGAGUGUUGUUGGUUUGGGGUCGUGCUUAUGAAGAUGCCCUCCAGUUUUCUGGCUAGAAAGCUUCUGCAUUUCUAGUUCCUGAGAGUCAGUUUAGUGGCAGAGCCAGCAGGGAUGA